GGUGGCAGCCAGCUCUCCUGUGGCCCUCAUAUAGCUGUAGAAAUCAGCUCCAAGAAAUCAGAUCACUUGGUUGGCUACUCUCCUUCUAUGCUUUUACAGGCUUGGCUGUGACAGUGGAAAGUAAAAUCAGACACUCUAAACCAGAACCUUUUUUUUUUUCCUUUUGUCCUGCAUAAUGAUAGUUCUUUUUGUUUCCUUAUUGCUGGAAUACACAGAAUUCAAAUCCUGCAUGAGUGCAAGGAGCUGUACAAACACAGAGCAAAGAAAAUACUGCCAUCCUGACACCUUUGCUAUCAGGUGAAGAGACAUGGAGGUUAAGGGGCUAACACUUGGGAUUAGGGUAAAUCCUAUUUAAAAACUUGGUAAAUCCUAUCUAGGCUUCAAAAUAAUAUUUUUUUUAUUAUGAGGUGAAAGUUAUGGCAAAAUGAAGUUUAGGACGGAGCUGGUAAUGGACAGCAUUCCCCAUUCCACAGAUCAGCCUGUAGUGCAGGCAAGGACACGGAUUAGCUACCCAGAAUAAAAGUGAGAGUAAGCUCCCCUUUGUCCCUUGGAAGGGCCUUUCCAUCUGUGACAUCUCCUGCCCCUCAGAGUUAAUGAAGGGAGCAGGAGGCCUCUGGGAACUGGGUCAGUGGCAGCUCCAGCACAGGGCAGCUUAAUUAAGGAAGGAAAGUGAGUGAGGGGGCAGGAGCCUGGCGUGGCCAGCCAGGAGAGCAGCUGGGUUUGGGUAAGCUGAUGAAGCUGCAUUUCCACCUGCCCUAGUGAGCUGCCUCGUGGUGUUCCCCAUAGGAUGGAAGACACAAUCUCCGCUGCCAAGGACAGCCCUGCAAGCUGUUCUGCUCCUGACCUCUCCCUGUGCAAUGGACUAGCCACAUUUCCUUUCUAUUAAAGCACAUUUGCUUGGCUCCAAUACUCCUCACAGGGCCAACAGACACACUUUUAGACUCAGCAGUUGUCUUGCAAGAAAUCUCUUCCUGGGCUGAUGUGGUCCAGCAUGGCUUGGGCCAUGUUUCCUUGUCUUCUUUGACAUUCCCUGGCAGGCUCUAAAGAUGGUAAAAAAACCCCAAAUCCUAAGAAAUCCUUAGGGCUAUGUCAAACCAGAACAAGGGAGAACUGCUUUCACUGCAGGAAUGUGAGAUGAGAAACAAAGUUUGCUCCCAAGAAUUUGGCUGGGGGAUUGAAUAUAAACCCUACUGAGAUGCCUGGACCCAGAUGCAACUUUCCUAACAGCACAGGGUCAGUCAAAAUUGCAGUCUUUGUGUGGCCUCAUUGCUUUCAGAAGCUAAUUUUUAUUCAGGCAGUUCUGUGUGUCUCAGAACAGUGGGAAGGUGUUCCUCCUACCUCACCAAAUGUUGGCAGGGGGAUGGGGAGCAUGGAAGCAGGAGUGCUGGUCCUGGGAACUGUGCUCUGUUGCUGCCCCACAGGGAAUUGCACAAGAGCCACACAGGCCUCUGGUUUGUGUUAACUAAUUAGCUGAGUAAUGCAAUCUCCUUUUGAAUGUCCUUCCUGUUCUAGAUCAAGAAUGAGACAUUCACUGGUUAAAUGACUUACCUGAGGUCACAUGGGGAGUGACUCACUGGCAGAGACAGGAAUUAACUCCUGGUAUCGUUUAAUUCCUACUUCCUAGACCCCAUGGCCUCUAAUUUCCAGUGCUCUUCUCUUUCCUCUCCUGGCCUUUUUGCCUCUUUCCCACUGCAGGAUUUGUCACACGUGCAAUUUCCAAGGUGACAGUAUCUGACCACUGCCAAGAAAACGAGACAUCUGUCCUUUGCUGCAGACAUCUACUGAUAUACAAAGAAGCUGAAGUUCCUUUUAUUUCUUAUCUUUUUGGAGCAUUUUACCAUGUUCUGCCCGAGCUGGCACAGUGCCACAUCUCCUCUGCAUACAAGCCUCCAGCACUGCACAUGCUGAAGGUGUUAGCCUGUCUUCUAAUGUUAUUUUCUGUUUCUCCAGAAGCAUCUUUGCUGCAGUCUCCCUGAAGUGGGAACAUUCUGCCCAUACCCACUGUUAGUACAACAGCAUAAUCACUUGCAAAAAAUCAGUGGGUGGGUUUUAUAAAUCCCAGUUCAGUGUUUAGCAAGGUAUAACAUCUGUUGUGAUCAAUAUUUAAGAGUAAGCCUCUUUGAUAAAAAGUUACAGUAAAGCCUUUUGCUUCCUACUGAAUAGCUAAAUAAUUCACAGGAGUGGUUGUAAUCACUUUGAGCUUCUUACGUUUCAAAGUAAGCAGAAAAUUCAGAGUAAUUCUGUAGAGAGGCAGAAUAGCCAGCUGGAUCGUGUUCCUCAGGAGCUGCUGUACUGGGAAUGAAGUACUUUCAGGUUUUUAAUGGCUGCUGAGGUAUGCUGGAGUCAAAUCAGGCAAAAAAUUGUCUCUUUUAUCAUCCGUUUUUGGUGAUAAUCUUUAUGAUACUCUGGCGGGUAAGUGCCAGCAGUCAGUGCAGAAAUGAUACCUGCGGUUUGAAAAGUCUGCAGGAGUGGGACUGUCGGGUGCGGCGGGAGAGGAGGGUGUUGGUGUGAGCAGCACCUGCUGCCACAGGGCUGCGGCUCAGGGCUGGGCACGGGACAGCGGCACGGGGGGCUCUGCCCGGGCCGGCACUCGCUGAUCCCGGGGGAGCGGCCGCCGCAGGACUCGCCCCGGCCCCGCCCGGCCCGGCCCGGCCCCUCCGCCGCAGCUCCCGCCGGUGUGGGAGCGCGGGCGGUGCGGGACAAUGGCCCGCAGCCCCCGCUGGAUCCCGCUGCUGCUGCUGCUGCUGCUGCCGCCGGCCCUGCCCGCCGGGUGUGCGGCCCGCGGGCUCUGCUGCCCCGGCCGCGACCCCGCCUGCCUGAGCACCGGCCGGCGGCCCGACGGCUCCACCGGGCCCUGCUACUGCGACCAGGCGUGUGUCCGCACCCUCGACUGCUGCCACGACUAUGCCGAGACCUGCCCGGUUAUCCCCUGUGUGGUAUCUCAGUGGAGCCCCUGGAGUGGCUGUGCAGAGCCUUGCAAGACAACGUAUCGGGUCCGGACGAGGCACAUUGUCCAGGAGCCCAGGAACGGGGCAGAGGCAUGUCCUGCUCUGGAGGAGAGGGCUGGCUGUGUGGAGUACUGGACUCAGCAAGGAACAGAGUGCAAACAGUCCCUGAUCCCAGCAUUAAUAACUACGGGAGGGUUUGGAAAAGCGAGGAAGAAAAGAUCUGCAGCUGAUGGCAAGGAAAGAGCAGGGUACUGUGUUGAGUUCCAGCUGGUGGCCAUCACGCCGGGCUGCCUGCACAGCCACCACUCGUACACCCGCUGGAUGCGCUACCUCAGGGAGGGCCACACGGUCUGUGUGGAGUGUCAGCACCCGGCCCUGGACUCCAGAAGUCAGCAUUGCUCCGGGGAUGGCACCGGGAGCAGAAAGAAUCAGCUGUUGCACUGGCAGGCGGUGGGGAACCCUCGAUGCAAGGGAACCUGGAGGAGAAUUCGCCAGCUGGACACUUGCUCCUGCCCUUCUGUUCACAGCUUCUUGUUCAUCUGACUUCCCCAGGCAGCCCCAGUGCACCGGGGCUGUGGUGCCUCCUCUGGCAGCAGCGGGAGCCCUGGGCAAAGCAGCGACUGCUCCGUGUCAGAGGGGGCACCCGGAGUCCUCUGUCUGUCUGUGCUCCUCGAUUUCCAAAGAAAUCAGGCUGGCUGGGAAGUGCCAGUCUCUUUCUUCCCUGAGAGAGACAUGUCUGACCCUGAUGACUUCUUGCAAAUCCCUCCUUUCUUGAGAGGAUAGAGAAUUUACCAAAUAACAAAUACGACAAUAAAGGCCAUAAGAACCCAGGUUUAAUUAUUCUUUUUCUAAAGUCUCAACGAAGAAUCAACAAUACAAAGUAAAUUAAUUCAAGUGCCUCCUUUUCAUGGCAAUAGCACUUUGUGGAUGCUUCCUGCUUGUGCUUGUGUAUCUUUUCCUUCUGUUUUCACCCUCCCUGGUCUCAUCAUUUCAUACUGACCCUCAUUCUUACAGAGGGUUGAUCUUGCACUGCUGAGUUAAUGUCAGAACUUAGAAAUGAGUCUGCUCAAAUCUGUGAGAAUAGCAGAUAUCAGGGACAAAUUGGCCCUUGGACUUAAGGUUUCCAGGAGCAUCUCUUGAGUUGCCCCAAAAUGCAGUGCAGUCCUGGGGCUCUAAAUAGGAAGGACUGACUAUAGCCUUGUGGUUUUGACUGGGAAAUAUUUGAAAUAUUUUCCUUAAAAUCUGCUGAUUUCUAUUCAUACUUUUCUAUAAAUGAAAAUAAAGGAGACUGAAGAUAUUA